AUGGCUCAACCAAGCAGUAUUGUCUGGCAAACAAGCACUCUCACGGUCCAGCUGGUCGUUGGAAGCGACGAAAUGGUUCGCAUUGAACAAGAUCCCUCAUCUCCCAAGCAAGGUGCCGUCCCCCUAUUCGGGGUUCGACUGAAUGGCGAUGGAAAUCCGUCGCAGAAGUCGGCCAAGGCACUCAUUGGCAGUUACGUCUCAAGCAGACUGAAAUAUCAGGGUCAUCAGGAGUACGGUAACGAUCGAGUGAAGUCUCUCGAUGUCACUGCGUUUGACGAGACAUCCCAGAUUUCAGUUACUGCCCACUUGUCGGUCUAUUCAGGAAUUCCCGUGAUUAGAUCGACAAUGACAAUUCACAAUGAGUCUCAAAAAGACAUUGUAGUCGACCAGCUGUCGUCCUUCGUUGUCGGUGCUUUAGGCGGAAAGCCGAUUAAUUGUUGGCUGGACUACACCUUAUCCACACCGACCAACACCUGGUUCAGAGAAGCGCAGUGGCGUGACGAGUCCCUUCCCAACGUCGGAUUAGACGAUAUCGGUCUCUCCGAACUGCCUGAAAGCCAUGACGCGUCAUUGGCAGUUCAUGCCGUUUCUAAUCGUGGAACGUUCUCAACGGGGACAUAUCUGCCUCUCGGCUUGCUGAAGAAGUAUGACUCUAGCGAAACCUGGCUGUGGCAGAUUGAGACCAACGGGUCGUGGCGUUGGGAGCUUGGAGAUUUCCAGGAGAAUGUCUAUCUGGCUCUGGGUGGGCCGACGAACAAGGAUCAUGGAUGGAAACACUGUCUGGCUCCUAGUCAGUCGUUCACCAGCGUACCGGUAGCGAUCUGUCACGUCUUGGGUCAUCCGGACAGCGCCUUCGCUGCUUUGACUGAAUACCGUCGACGCAUUCGAAGACCUCACAAGGACAAUGAUGAGCUCGCUAUAAUCUUUAACGAUUACAUGAACUGUCUCAUGGGCGAUCCCACCACGGAAAAGGUCAUGGCUCUCGUCGAUCCUGCUGUCAAAGCAGGCGCAAAGUUUUUUGUCAUUGACUGCGGCUGGUAUGCGGACGACAAUGGCUGGUGGGACGACGUUGGCCUAUGGGAGCCUUCAACAAAACGGUUUCCCGGCGGUCUCAAAGCGCUGUUAGAUGAUAUCCGGGCCAAGGGACUCAUCCCAGGACUAUGGAUUGAGCCGGAAGUGAUUGGCGUUCGAAGCGUAGUCGCCAAUAUGUUACCUGCAGAUGCUUUCUUCCAAGAGAACAGCCGACGAAUCGUAGAAAAAGGCCGGUACCAACUAGAUUAUCGGCACCCUGAAGUCAUCAAACGCAUGGACAAAGUGAUUGACAAUCUCGUCCGAAAUUAUGGAGUUGGAUACUUCAAGUUCGACUACAAUAUCGAAGUAGUCCAAGGCACUGACGCAAGCUCCUUCAGUCCCGCUGAUGGACAACUGGGCCAUAAUCGUGCCUAUCUCGAAUGGGUCGGUAAACUGUACGAUCGGUUCCCGGACCUAAUUAUCGAGAGUUGUUCUAGCGGAGGUCAACGCAUGGAUUAUGCCCUCCUAGCUAUUCACUCGCUGCAAUCGACCAGCGACCAGCAAGAUCCAGUGCGAUAUUCGGCCAUUGCAGCUGCAGUGCCGACGGCAGUUACACCGGAACAGAGCGCUAGCUGGGCGUACCCGCAGCCCAAAUGGGACAAUGAGAAGAACGCCAUGACGGUUGUCAAUAGUCUUCUGGGUCGUGUUCAUCUAAGUGGUAGAAUUGAUCUCCUGAGCUCUCAGCAAUUGGAGCUUGUUGCGAGCGGUAUGCAAGUCUACAAGCAGAUUCGUUCCGAUCUCAAAACGGGCCUGCCAUUCUGGCCGUUAGGUCUGCCUAAAUGGCACGAUGACUGGGUAGCUCUAGGUAUCGCUGCAAGUGGUGGAGUCCGUUACGUUGCUGUAUGGCGUCGAUCUGGCUCGGACACAGUCUCCCUGCAUAUUCCAGUACUUAAAGACCGGGAAGUUGUAGUCAAGCUUCUGUAUCCAGAGAUCUUUGAGACUCACGCACAAUGGCACUCAGACAGCGGUGCUUUGUCAGUUCGUGUUCCCUCUGUUGCAUGUGCUCGACUUUUCCGUCUCUCUGUCAAUUAG